AUGAUAGACUUCGAUGGAUUAUUCAUUUCUAAUGGUCCAGGUGAUCCACAAAUGUGUGACGAGUCUAUUCAAACAAUAAAAUCAUGGAUUCGUGAAGAUAAUACUGUGAUCAAACCUGUAUUUGGUAUUUGUCUUGGUCAUCAAUUAAUGGCAAUUGCUGUUGGGUUGAAAACAUAUAAAAUGAAAUACGGCAAUCGUGGACAAAAUUUGCCUUGUUUACUUGUUGGCACCAAUCGUUGUUUUAUUACAUCACAGAAUCAUGGUUAUGCUGUUGAAACAUCCAAUGGUAUGCCAGAUAAGUGGAAUGUAUUAUUUGAGAACAAAAAUGAUCAGUCAAAUGAAGGCAUCAUUCAUAGAAAUAAACCGUUUUCCAGUGUCCAAUUUCAUCCGGAACAUUGUGCAGGACCCAAAGACACAGAACACAUAUUUAAUAUAUUUGUUGAUAUCGUAAACCAGUACAAACAAAAACUGAAUGAUAAUUUUGUAUUGAAGACAUAUUUAAUUGAUACUCUAAGUCGUGUUGUUGAUUCCAAUGUUCCAAAAGCACACUGUGCUCAUUCAAAAAAAGUAUUAAUAUUAGGAAGUGGUGGUUUGAGUAUUGGACAAGCGGGUGAAUUCGAUUAUUCUGGCUCACAGGCACUGAAAGCAUUAAAAGAAGAAAAUAUUCAUACAAUAUUGAUAAAUCCAAAUAUAGCAACUAUACAAACCUCAAAAGGUUUAGCUAAUAAAGUAUAUUUUUUACCAAUAAUAUCCUAUUAUGUUGAACAAGUUAUUAAAAAUGAACGACCAGAUGGAAUAUUAUUAAGUUUUGGAGGACAAACAGCUCUCAAUACUGGUAUUGAAUUACAUGAAACAAAUAUAUUGAAGAAAUAUGGAUGUAAUGUACUCGGUACUCCGAUCGAAUCUAUACAAAUAACCGAAGAUCGAUCGUUAUUUGCUCAAAAAAUGUCGAAUAUUGGUGAAAACGUAGCACCAUGCGAAGCAGCUGCUACGCUUGAAGAGGCCUUAGAGUCAGCUGAACGUAUUGGUUAUCCUGUUUUGGUUAGAGCUGCAUUUGCUCUUGGUGGACUUGGUUCUGGUUUUGCUAAUAAUGUCGAAGAGUUCAUUCCUUUGGUGACAUCUGCAUUUGCACAUACAUCUCAAUUACUUAUUGAUAAAUCACUCAAAGGUUGGAAAGAAGUUGAAUAUGAAGUUGUUCGUGAUCAGUUUGACAAUUGCAUUGUUGUUUGCAACAUGGAAAACAUCGAUCCGCUUGGCAUUCAUACAGGUGAAUCUAUGGUUGUUGCUCCAAGUCAAACAUUGACAAAUGAAGAGUAUAAUUUGUUACGUACGGUCUCGAUUAAAAUUGUAAGACAUUUGGGUAUUGUUGGCGAAUGUAAUGUACAAUAUGCACUUGAUCCAUUGAGUAAGGAUUAUUAUAUCAUUGAAGUCAAUGCGCGUUUAUCCCGUAGUUCGGCAUUAGCAUCAAAAGCAACAGGGUAUCCAUUGGCUUAUAUAGCAGCAAAAUUGGCAUUAGGAAUGAGUCUAGUUGAACUGAAGAAUACUGUGACUGGAUGUACGUGUGCUUGUUUUGAACCGAGUCUGGAUUAUUGUGUCAUUAAAAUACCAAGAUGGGAUCUAAAUAAAUUUGUACGUUGUUCAAACAAAAUUGGUAGUUCAAUGAAAAGUGUUGGAGAAAUAAUGGCUAUUGGACGAACAUUUGAAGAAGCGUUUCAAAAAGCUCUCAGAAUGGUUGAUGAAAAUGUGAUGGGUUUCGAUCCAUAUCAACGAACAAUUGAGGACGAGGUAUGCACAUUUUCUUGA